AUGGCGGCUCUCGCCUUCAAGGCUCUUAGCUACGGUGCAGAGCAGAUUCCCGACAAGUUUUUUCACAAGAUCCCAGGCGGUUACUUCACUCCACCAGAAGAGAAAAACGCUGGAAAGGAUCGCAAAGACCGUCAGAAAAACGAGACCAGACAACGAUACAGGAGCGAAGAUCACUCUAGCGCGCGCCGCUCACGAAGAGAUUUCAGCCCAGCAGAUCAGUCUGCAGAAGAAUACGAUUACGACCGUGGUUACGAGCAAAGAAAGCAAGAGCGAAGACGUGCAAGGAGUGCUGGAAGAAGUUCUAGCAGAAGUUCAAGUCGAGGCCGACGUCAUAAGCACAGCAGUGACCUUGACGGCUCACAUAGCGAAUCGCAAGAAAUCAUGGCCCAGCCCGACCAAAGACAGCCCUAUUUUCCUCCUCCGCCAACAUCCGAGUACAAGCCCUAUGACCCCCAGCACUAUGGUCCCGGCCAAGAACGCCAGCAAUCAGCAACACCUGCAUACGGAUACUCGCCCCAGGUAAAUAACUUUUCAUCUUUUCGACGUGCGACGCUUGCGACGAUGCCCGAGCAUUCGAUACCGGCGGACACGAGUCGGCCGAUGUUGAAGAGCCGGACACCAUCGACGCCAUCAAGUCCCUUGUUGUCUAAACCUCGUUUCCUUGACAAUAUUUCUCGUCCUUCUCCACUUUCUGCUUCCUUUACCCCGUCAUAUGAGCCGCCUCUUGCAGCUUUGCUUCAGCGUCCACUCACUAACCCCCCGAAGCCAGCACCUUCCUCAACCCGAGGCGUUGAUGCAGACUACAUACAUCAAGAUGCUCAUCGAGGCCACUCUCGACACACUCCCAACGGUGCAUAUAAUGCUGCACCAAUGAGUGAUGCUUCUAUUCCUCCACCACCAGUUGGUUCAAACUCACCCUUGAACCCCUACCACCAUACCGAGUUCGCUGGAUAUCAACCAUCGCCACCGCCAUUCAGCCGUCAACGAUCGAACUCUCAACCUGGCUACAGCCCCACGCCCAACCCACCGUAUCCAGCCUAUGCUCCUCAUGUUGCUCGCGAAGACGUCAUCCAAUAUGCCCCGCCUCCUGUAGACCCCUACCGUAGCCACCGGCACCGUGGCGAACAUGGGCAUAGGAGUCGAGCCAGGUCUGCCGACUCCCACUCCCGUCGCUCCCAUUCUAGCAAAGACCAUGGUCGAGAAGAUUCACGCAUGGCUAAAGUGCGUGGUAGAUUCGACAGCAUGGACCUUCGCGAGAAAGGGCUUGCGGCGUCAGUGGGAGGAGCAGCGGCAGGUGCGCUCGGCGCCCGACAACUGGCCACGCGCUCAAGGAGCCGAAGCGACCGCCGUUCUGCAUCCCGUUCUCGCUCCCGCUCACACACUCGGCCCCAUGACCGCGAGGACCGCAACAACAACAAAGGCACUGGUCUCCGCGCUAGAAGCCGUAGUAUUAUCGACCGCUUCCGCUCUAAAUCCCGUGGUGCAGAGUAUCGCGAGGAGGAGCGACGAAGAGAUGAGCGUAGUGAGCGUUCCGGAGACGACAAUAGGCGCGAUCGCCGCCCUGACCGUGGAUACGACUAUGGUCGCGAUGACGAGUACGAGGACGAAUACGACUAUUUUAGCAGCGAUGACGAGGGUAACGGGUCCCCGGUUAAGACGAGGAGGCAUCGGAGGAGGGACUAUUGA